AUGGAAUUCUUUUUUCUUUGGAUUGAUGGAAGUGAUGAAAGUGAUGAUUGUGAAGAUGUAACAGAAUUACAAACCCCAAGCAAUGAGUUGAUUAUAGAAUGGGGAAUUUAUUAUGGUCAUGAAUACAAUCCAUCUUCAGGCGGACUUGAUAUUUAUCAAUGUUUGUCAGAAUUCAAUUUUAACGAGAUUUUCCAAAUUUAG